CUGUGUCUUUAAGGGGCACGCGCGGAGGUUUUCCGUCCGGGACAAAAUGUCAGCGAGGCGCCUGGAGGGGGAUCUACCAUCCCGGACUCCCGACCCGCCGCCGGCCCCGGCCGUGUUUCGCGGGUAAAGGGGCUGGAGUGCAAUCGUGCAAUCUCAGCUCAUGCAACCUCUGCCUCCCAGGUUCAAGCGAUUCUCCUGCCUCAGCCUCCCGAGUAGCUGGGACUACAGGCACCCGCCACCACGCCCAGCACUGCUGAUGGUUCCUCAGAACUCAGGAAUCGUGUUGCAUGCAUUGUUUCUACCCGUGGAACCUGAGAUGGUUGGAAACCCUGAGGCAAUGACAGGGACCCCAGAAUCCUUGGGAAAUGACCCACUGUCUAAUUUAAAGCGUGCGGGCGCCGCAGAAUGAGGAGCGGCGAGCCGGCCUGCACCAUGGACGAGGCCCGCAGGCUGGACGACGCGGCGGCGCGGGGCGGUCAGUGUCCGGGACUGGAGCAGGCGCCGACGCCUCCCGGCCGCCUGGGGGCGCCGUACUCCGAGGCCUGGGGCUACUUCCACCUGGCGCCGGGGCGCCCCGGGCAUCCGUCGGGCCACUGGGCCACCUGCCGUCUGUGCGGGGAGCAGGUGGGCCGCGGCCCGGGCUUCCACGCGGGGACCUCGGCGUUGUGGAGGCACCUGAGGAGCGCGCACCGGCGAGAGCUGGAGAGCAGCAGCGCCCGGCGCUCCCCACCUGCCGCGCCCUGCCCGCCGCCGCCUGGCCCCGCUGCGGCCCCUGAGGGCGACUGGGCGCGCCUGCUGGAACAGAUGGGCGCGCUGGCCGUGCGCGGCAGCCGGCGGGAGCGAGAGCUGGAGCGGCGUGAGGCGGCCGUGGAGCAGGGCGAGCGCGCCCUGGAGCGGAGGCGGAGGGCGCUGCAGGAGGAGGAGCGCGCCGCGGCCCAGGCGCGCCGGGAGCUGCAGGCCGAGCGGGAGGCGCUGCAGGCGCGGCUGCGGGAGGUGAGCCGCCGUGAGGGCGCCCUGGGCUGGGCCCCUGCUGCGCCACCGCUCAAGGACGACCCCGAGGGUGACAGGGACGGCUGCGUCAUCACAAAGGUCCUCCUGUAGGGGUGUGGCCACUUCUCCACCCCAGGACAGCGCUUCUCCGUCCAAUGCCAAUGCCUUCAGCCCCCACUGGGACCGAAGCCGCGACCGAAGCCAGGCCCGCAGCCGCUACUCACUCGGAAGCUCCAGCUAACUGUAGGGUCUUCCACACCCUAAGGCUUCAGCUUGAGAGCACUUCGAAGCCAGAGCAGAACCAAAACUCACUUCCAUGGGGUCACCUGGGGUGCCUGGGCGGCCUUUCGUGGGCAUGCAUGCAAGGAAUGGGGUGGCACACGGGACACCCGAGAGCUCCAGGAGCCCCGUGAACCCAGACCACCCAGUGCCAUGGCCACUUAGGGCUGGGAACCCGAACCUGGUGACUUCGAAAGGAUAGAGCUUCAUUCCAUACCAAAGACUUAUCACACCAUGUGCCUAUACACCUAGCAGCCCAAGGUGGAGGGUGCGUGGAAAUGAGAAAGCUUUUUACCCCCCCAAAAAAGAGUUCCUAAUGCAUAAUCUGCCUAACACCAAGUUCUGAAGGGUGGGGCGGGGGGGACGUCCCCUCUAGUUUCCAUGACUGCUGUAGACCCGCAUCAUCUCUAGCCCUCAUCGGGGCAGUCCCAGAGCCCGCUUUUUUACUGCCCAUAUUAUUCAACCAAUACCAGGCGCACUCUGUCUCCCCUCGGCCAUCCUUCCCUUGCUUCAGACCUAAUGACAAGUGUGGCACAUAUGUCCACUUUCGGGCCUCACAUCUGCCACCUUAGCAAGACAUCACCUCAUCCCCUUGUCACUAGGAAGAGGGUUUCCUCCCCACAUGUCGUCAUAGUCCUCACCUCUGGGCUGAAGGGGAAAGCAUCCCUCCACUUAAGGCCACAUCUUCCUGUCAUUUUCCAUCCCAUUCCUCUCCCACGUUUACUGGGUCUUUCCUCCUGUAGUAUUCCCCCUUUCGCUGUCUCAGUCCCUCCCGUUCCCCCAGGCUCUUCUUCCUCAGCAAUGCGCAGUCUCCCUUUCUUACUGAAAAGAAAGACUUAACCCAGAAGGACCAACAAGUCCUGGCUGCCUAUCCUUCCUCCCCAGUUUUUACUCCUUUACUCUGGGUCAGUUUUCUUUUCAUAUAUAUAUAUAUAUAUAUAUAUGUGUUAUACUUUAAGUUCUAGGGUGCAUGUCAGUUUUCUGUGCUUCACUGGACUAUUUCCAAGCUGCCACAAUCUCUCAGUGACCAAAUAUGAUCAUCUAUUUGCAGCCUUCAUUUUGCUUAAUCUCUCCCUUGAAAUUGCUCUCUUGGUAGGUGGAUCCUGUUUUUCCUUCAAAGAAUUCCUUUUCCUGUUGCGUACUGGUUCCCAGUUUUUCCAUAGGCCUCUUUUUUUUCUUUUUUUUAUAUUGAAAAAUUCCACACAUCCAGAAAAAGUUGAAAGGCUAGCACAAUGAAUACUCAGAUACAUACUCUCCACUUGGAUUGAAUAGUUGUUAACAUUUUGCCAGAUUUACUAUUCUCUCCACCCCAUGCAUGUGUACAUAUAAUGACAUUUCACCCCUGAGUAUUACCACAUAGAUUUCCUGAGAACAAAGACACUGUUCUACAUGAUUACAGUAAGAUUAUCAUGCCUAAAAAUAUAAACAGUAACUUCUUUAUAGCCUCUAAUACAGAGCUCUUAAUCAGUAUUCAACAAUUGUCUCCAGAAUGUCUUUAAAAACAACAACAGCAACAACAACCAGGUCCCAUCAAGGUUCAUACAUUCUUUUGGUUUCAACUCUAGUCACUUUCAGUCUAGAACAACCCCGACAUAUUUUCCCAUGAUACUUUUUGAAGUAUCCAGGCCAGCUGUCUUAGCAAAUGUCCUCUAUUCUGGAAGUGUCUGAUUGCUUCCUUAGGCCUAUGUCUACAUUUCACUCGUGGCUCAUAUCCCUGCAGAGUUGUAAUCUCCUCUGGGCCAGGGACUCCUGAAUAUCUCCAGGCCGAGUGUUUUCCCCAGGCCUGGAGAAAACCUUCAUGCCCAAUCCCUUGCUGCAUAUCUCCACCCCUCCUUGCACAUCCUGCCUCUAUGAGUGGAAGAGGCAAAUCUAUUCAACCCCAUAUCCCACCCCUCACCUGAUAACUAACAUUUACUGGGCACUAACAAUGUAUCAGGCACAUACUACACACUUAACAUGCAUUACUUUCACAUACCAGCUCCACGGUAACACUGCGCUGGCUUUACCGCUAAAGAAACUGAGCUAGAAAGGGAUUAAGUAUCCUGUACGAGAUCACAGCUGGCCAGCAAUAGAGGUGGGAUCCCACUGCAGUCUUCCCCACAGAUGCCAUGCUCCCACUGUACCACCAUGUACUGCUUCCUGAGAUCUCCGCUUCCUUCAGUCGACCCAGCUGACACCUGUUUCCUUCCUAACUCCAACUAAUUAAUUCCAGUUAAUGGAAUUGACUGGAAUUAGUGACAUUAAUAUUUACUGAGCAUUCACCAUGUGUCGUCAGAGCUGUGCUAAAUGCUUUACAAGAGUAAUUACCUGCCAUGAAGCAACCCUAUGACAUAGGUGCUACUAUGCCCAUUUUGUAGAUGAGACAGGUUCAGGGGAAUUAGUAACACCUUCAAGUCAUACAGUGGCUAAGAAUCUGUAUGGGGUUUGAACUGCGGUCUUGCUGAAUGCUGGGCGCCUGCUCUGCUAAGUCUAUUUCUACAAAAUAUUGCACUGCCUUCUUGAUGCCUGCCAAGCUCAGGGCCCAUUUAUCAUGCAUCUUCCCAUCCUUGUCUCCCCCAACUGUCCCUUACCUGAGUCACAAUUUCGCCAAAGCCAAAGGGAUUGUCCUAAGCCAAUAUUGAUUUAUUAUAUCACUCUUCCUGCUCAAAAGCCCCCAAGAUCACCUAUCAAUCACCUACUUAUUAGAGUGCAAGCUUUGACUCUGUCACUUGACAUUCAAGUCCCCCUCUGCCCCCAUGCCAGUCUUAUCCCCUCCCCUACAUAUGCCCUAUCCUGCAGCCAAAUUGGACUCUGUUCUUCCCGACAAGACCUGGUAUUGGCAUCUCUAUGCCUCAGUUUGCCUUCCCUCCACUUUAAAAAGCCUCUUCAGUCUCGAUACAAAAAACAUCCCACUCAUGUUCUAACACCAUGCUUUCCUUGAUUUCUCCUCACGUCAAGACAUUUCUUACUUCUCUAGUCUCCUAGCAUUUUGUGCCUCACAACCCUCAGGACAGGCCAGCUAGUGUAUGGCUGUGGGUUUUUAUCUCACCUCCCCUGCCUGACCCUGAGCCCUUGGGGGGAGUAUACUCACCCUACUCCCACAGUGCCUUGCAAUUUCAUAGCUGCUCAGUACAUUAACCCAUUCAAUGUCUUUAAGAUUUUUACAAGUUAGUUUUCCUGUAAUUACUAAUCAUUUAUCUUUAAUUCUGAGUAAAAUCACAACAACAAAUAAAAGGAAAUAGCAGUCAUAAUUUUUUAAGCUGUUUAGUCAAUAAAGAUUUAAUGUGUCAGUUA